UCGAAGGAGAUCCGUUUCCCGACUUCGCAAUGCCCAAAAUCCAGUUACGGGACCUGCAUUACCCAGAAGCCGGUCAUCGUGUCUUCUCCGGCGACGACGACGAUGAUAAGAGGGAGAUGAACAGGGGAAAAUCAGCCGAGCAAGUAGCUCCUCGCAGGAAGAAUCCCAAGAAUCGAGUUGCCCCUCCUCCGGUGCUCGUACAUCUUCUCAAGGAACAGAAGAUUUGCGAAAACCUUGUCAAGGAACUGAAGAUGGCGGAUGAGAGCACACUCGCGCAGCAGUUAGAGAUUGGGCAGUACCAUCCAGGUUCGUCUGUCCGUCGUGAAUUGGCAAGUAUAAUGGCGGAAACAUCCCAUACAAUGAGCCGAAUCAAGGAGGAAAUCCGUGUGGUGCGCCUCGGGCUAUCUGAUCCGGCGAAAACAGGAGCAACCCGCACCAAGUCUGAUACUGAGGAGGAGACGGGCAGAUGGGAAGCAGGUGACCAUGGUGCAGAUGGAUAGAGACAAAUCCGGGAAGCAGGUGCCCGAGGUGGAGAUGGACAUAGGCAAUUUCAGGAAGCGGUUGGCCGAGUUGGAGAUGGAGGUGGCCCGGAUCCUAGACUCCACAUUCGAGUGCGGAUUAGAAUCAGACACGCCAAUAAUCCAAGAAGAUCCGUUUCCUGAUGAUGAUAAGUCAGCCGAACAAGUAGCUCAAGAGAAGGAGAUGGCCGCCGAAGAGGAGCUCUUCAAUUCGUACCGUGGAUACUGGCAAUCUUCAUGGGGAGGCAGUAGCAAGUGCGGAUCUUUCACAGAUAUGACGCAGGUGAGUCCCAUGUACUUUACGCACUUGACACCUGAAUGCAUCCCAGAGAUCGCUGGCGCGAUCGCCUCAGCCACCUUGCAGAUCUUCAACAUCAAACUUGCAGAAAUAAAAGGUGGACUCCAAUGGCCAUUGUCUCUCUAUGGCGUGGUUGCUGUGCGAGGCUCCGUGGAUCACAAUCGUAACCUUCUCUUCUCCUGUGGAUCGAGUUUUGUGCUUGACUGGCCCAUCUCGUGCAAUCGUCAUUACGGAACCUGUUGAACUUGAAAUCCAACUAAUAGUGAAAGGUAGAACAAUGUCUCAAGAUAGAGCACUGAUCAGGCGUAUGUACUGUUGCAGAGGAGGACCUGAGUCUGGUGUAUUUGCCAUUUCCCUUGAGAACUGCUUCUGCAAAACAGAGUUAUGCAUGGAGCAAGUUGAAGAAACUGUCCAGGCCACUAUUGUGGGUAUCCAUGUCAAAAAUGGGUCAUGGCCUUUUGAAUAUGGUGGUCAAGUGGCUUGCUCCUCACCUUCACGGACACCCAUGUUCGUUGGUGAUGAAGUCACUUAUAUUACUGAUGAUUCCCCAUCUGUGAAAGUUGUGUUGCUUGCAUCUCGCGGUGGAACAUUGCCCAAGAAUUCAGCCGGUUACCUUUGUCUGUCAAGGCAUGUCGUUUCUGUAGAAAUUAAAGGAAGCCUGAAAUUUUUCAUAGAAGCUUACACACAAUCCGGUGAUACCGCCGCAUGUGGUGAGGUUUGCUUCACGCCCAAAGCUCACGGUAUAAGCCGGUGUACAUGUUUCCUUGGUUAGAGAGGGGUGGAGGUGGAGAUCACUGUUGCUUGGUCUCUUCUUGUUUCAAGUAAGCAGUAUAUUGCGGCACAGGGAAGUGUCUUUGAA